UUGCAUCUUUAAAUUGCAUAGGUGUUUCUGUCGUGUUUAUUGAUUGAGUCUUUUCUUCAAAGAAUUAAUUGGAAUUUUCUCCUCUACCAAAGGUGAAAAAAGAUGAAAAGAAGCAUGGUGGAGACCUGGUCGCAGAAGUCCUCAAGGCACAUGGAGUUGAGUGUAUGUUCACCCUUGUUGGUGGGCACAUCUCACCUAUUCUUGUUGCUGCUGAGAGACUGGGCAUCAGAGUCAUUGAUACUCGCCAUGAGGUGAGUGCUGUUUUUGCAGCAGAUCCUGUUGCAAGGCUCUCUGGGAAAAUUGGAGUAGCUGCUGUCACGGCAGGACCAGGACUUACCAAUAUAGUUACUGCUAUCAAAAAUGCUCAAAUGGCUGAGUCUCCUGUCCUUCUCAUGGGUGGAGCAGCAGCCAAUCUAUGGAAAGGGCGAGGUGCUUUGCAGGAUAUUGAGCAGCUGAAACUCUUUGCACCAAUAUGCAAGUUUACAGCGACUGUCACAUCUCUUAGAGAUAUUGUCCCCACUUUGAGGAAAGCCAUUCAGAUUGCCCAGUCUGGGACAUCUGGUCCUGUCUUUGUUGAGUUUCCAAUUGACACAUUGUAUCCAUAUGAAGAUGUGAGUAAGGAAUUUGCAAAUGCUCCAGUUGGUAAAGGUCUCCAAGGAAAGAUUGCAUCCUGGUAUCUGAACAACUACUUGGCAAACCUCUUUGCUGGUGCAUUUGAGCAGCGAGACAUUUCUCCAUUGCCUGUGGACAUUCCAAUGCCUGUCUUUUCUGUUGUGGAAAAGGCUGUUGAUAUGGUGAAGAAAAGUAAGAAGCCACUCCUCAUCAUUGGCAGUCAGUGUAUGCUGCCUCCCACAAGUGUGAGGAGGCUGAAGGCAGCAGUUGAAUCCAUGGGCAUCCCCUGCUAUCUUGGGGGAAUGGCCAGGGGUCUUCUGGGUAGGGACUCAAGCAUCCAGAUGCGACAUUCCAGGCGUGAUGCUCUCCGGGAAGCUGACUGCAUCAUCCUUGCAGGUGCUGUGUGUGACUUCAGGCUUUCAUAUGGACGUGGCCUCAACAGGCGGGCUAAUUAA